AUGCCUUUUCCUCUUCUUCUCACGUUCAGUCAAUCGGGUAUCAACCACGACCGUAUUUCCUUCGGCGCAGGAAUCGGUCUACCUAGUAUUUCCACCUAUUCUCCUGAUGGAUCAACCUUCACUCAAUGGCUUGCUCGAUGGAGAUACAAUGAUCGUGAAAACACCAUGCGGAAGAUCAUUUGCGUGACCGGAAUAUUACUCCAUAUCCCGUUGAAUUUGUUUUAUAUUAGGGGAUGGGGAAGCUUGUGGAUUCUGUGGCAAAUUUUGAGUGCUUUGUUUAAUUUUUGGUUUGUAUGUAUUGGGUUUUGGUGGUUGGAUAUUAUGAGGGGAGAGAGGUGGGUUUAUGGGAGCAGAGCGACAAGACAACAUUUCGAUAUGAUCAUAGCGUUUCUCCUCGUUGUGUAUACCGUCUCAUUUAUUUUAACGACGAUAACGGGAUUGAAUUCAUAUGGAACGAUUUAUUUCUUUAAUUGGUGGGCGCCUCUUUGGAGUAUAGCUGAUAUACUAUGUCCACUCGCAGGAUGGGUUAGUACUUGGGAAGGGACCGGAGUGGUCAAUUUGGCAUAG